AUGGCCGGAAGAGGAAAGUCCAUUAAGUCCGCCGCCGUAGCCAAGAAGUCGACAUCUCGUAGCAGCAAGGCCGGACUCCAGUUUCCCGUUGGUCGUAUCGCUCGUUUCCUCAGAACCGGAAAGUACGCUGACCGGAUCGGUGGCGGUGCUCCUGUUUAUCUCGCCGCCGUCAUGGAGUACCUUGCGGCUGAGGUUCUUGAGUUGGCCGGGAAUGCUGCCAGAGACAACAAGAAGACUCGAGUUGUGCCUCGGCAUAUACAGUUAGCUGUGAGAAACGAUGAAGAAUUGAGUAGAUUGCUUGGAGCUGUUACGAUUGCUAAUGGCGGAGUGAUGCCCAACAUUCACGCUCACUUGCUUCCAAAGAAGGCGUCUGUUGCAUCUUCUAAAGAUGAUGAAUAG